UUUCUGAGUCGGCCAAGCUUACCCUAGUUUCCUAUUUCUCAAUUUAACUGUGGAGUUAACUAGUCGUUUGUUUUCUCUUAAAAGACACAGGAUGGCUGAGUGUUAUUAAGACAAACACGACUGUGUGUCAAUUGAUUUUCCUUUCAAUUUUGAUUGGUUGUGUGACAGUUGUUAUUGACAUUAGGAGGCUAGAUAAGACAAGACAGGCAACAAAGCUUUACAGUCAUAGUUUGCUACCUCGUGUAUCCAGGUCUAAUUUUGUAGCUAUUAGCCCUUAAGUACUGGAAUCCUCAGAGCUUCAUUAAGAGCCCAGUCCGAUGAGAGAAGAGAAAUUCCUGAGAGAGUCUCAAAAUUUGUAACCAAAUGAACCCAGAAACAAGAAGCAUCCCUUACUCUAUACAAGACACUAUUCAACUUUUGAAUGCUUCUUGUAAAGCAACACACUUCUUUGAUUAUAUCUUUUUGUUUGUCUUACUAUUACAAGUCUCUUUGAUAUGAUAGAAUUCCUGGGAGACUUCAAAAUGGCAAACACAGGCAUUCCUCUGGAUAUUUGUUAUGGUUCAUUAUCAUUGUUCACCACAAUUCUUCACAACAUUUUCCUUCUCUACCAUGUCGACAUGUUCGUGUCCUUUUAUAAAAUCGACAAACUUUCCUUUUGGAUUGGGGAAUCCAUAUUCCUCGUGUGGAAUUCCUUGAACGACCCACUUUUCGGCUGGCUCAGCGAUCGCCAAUACCUCUCACCACAACCAACAGCAUUUUCUUUCAAAAGCAACGAACCGUACUCCAAAACCAAUACAGGCUCCUCGUCGUCGUCCAAAGAAGAAAAUCUCUACACAUACAACAAAUCCAAAUACAGCGAAAAGACAUUCCCAUCGAGUUAUUCCAACUACAGCAAGAUCAGCAACCGACAGAGCAAUCAAGAACUAUUACAGUCCGAACCGAAUUCUAUCAAUGCAUCGAUAAUAUCACACCGCCUCAACUCCCUUGCAUGGAAUGGACCCCUGUUUGCUAUUUCCUUUGCCCUCUUCUGGGUAUCGUGGCUGUCACCUGGCUUACAGUUUGUCGUUUGUCUCUGCCUCUACGACAGUUUCUUGACUUCGGUUGAUCUCCAGCACAAUGCUCUCUUAGCGGACUUGGCCAUAUCAGCGGACGUACGGACACGGCUUAAUGCCUGCAGUGCAAUCUUUAGUGCCUUUGGAUCUGUGUCAGUAUUUGUAUCUUAUGCUGUUUGGCACCGAGAAAACCUUGUAUCAUUCCGUGCCUUUUGUUUGUUCCUAUCCGUUUUAUCCAUCUUAGGGUUCUACGUCGGAAUCCGUCUCCUAAGGACAGCAGCCAUUCCUCUCUGUUCAAAAACUUCAUCUGUGACUGUAGAAAAUACACAGUCAAAACUUUCUAGCUCCCUCAACUAUCUCCGUCAUUUUGGAUCCUGUUCAAAAAGUUCUACCGAUGACCUUAAGAAUUAUAUCCGUCAGUUAACGACUCAUCAAAAUUUUAUAUGGUUUGCUCUCAUGAAUCUCAUCCAGGUCUUCCAUUGUCAUUUCAACAGCAACUUCUUUCCAUUAUUCUUGGAUGUCAUACUGGGAAAAAACGGCAAUUCACUCGGAGCUCUGCUACUUGGGGUCUCUUUCGUGUUCCCACACAUCAACAACCUCUACUUUUUGUCCCUUUGCCGACGGCACGGAGUCUAUAGAGUGGUUCUCCUUAUGUUUGUUAUGAAAUUUCUAUUGACCCUAACAAUGUGUGGCAUUGGUUCCAAUUGUAUCUGGGCCAUCUGUAUCUAUAUUGCAAGCAACCGUGUCUUCACAGAAGGGACCUGUAAGCUCCUCAACCUCGUCGUCAGCGAUCUGGUCGAUGAAGACUGUGUCAUACACAGCAGGCAUCAACCGGUGUCGGCCCUGAUCUUUGGAACUGUGGCCCUUCUAUCAAAACCAGGUCAGACACUGGCACCCCUCCUGGGGACAUGGAUGUUAAGCUGGCAGACAGGUCACGAACUGUUCACAGCCGCGUCCAGCGAGGUCCGGUCAUCUGAUCUGAGUUCAGACCCAAAGCACCGAAUCGCCUGCUUCAACUUACUUGUUUACAUCCCCAUGGUGUGUGCCACAUUCCAGAUGCUCAUUUGGCUCCUGAAGUUCCGUCUUCACGGACAUCGACUGCACUGGAUCAAAGCUGUUCGCUCUGGAUCCUCAUCUUUAGCUGUAUAAGAACACUGGCUAAAUUCAUCUGUGUAAAUGUAUAGGGGCGGGGUGGGUGGGUGGGAAUUAUCAUUCACAUAUACUCAGAGGUUGUAUUUGGAGAAGGACAAAUAAUAUUUUUUUUUUGUGUGUGUAUAACUAUGUAUAUACAUAUGUGAGAUAGAGAGAAAGAGUGAGAGAAAGAAGGGAUGAAUGCAAGGAUAUCAAAAUAUUGUAUAAGGCAGCUACUAAAAUAAAACUGCUUUGUAUAGACAUCAAUUUUAC